ACCCGAAGCGAUCUCUGCCUGCAAGAAAAGCAAAGCGAUAUGGACGCGCCUCCCAUUAGAGGAAAUACGCUCCGGCGUGGGAGAACCUUAAACAGACCCGAACGUUUUCAACCUGCUGCACCUCUUUUAACUGGAAAGAAAGAGAGACAACCACUUGAUCCAUGGGUGCUAUUUUCUCGCUUUGUUACCUUCUGGGCUCCAAAGGCUUUAUUGGUAAAAUUUGGUGGCCUUCACGACAAGCAAUCACGGCAAGCCUGGCGAGAAAAGGUUGCGCUCUGCAUCAUCGCGCUCAUAAUGGGUGCUAUCGUUGCCUUUUUGACAGUUGGUUUUCGGCCGGCGUUGUGUCCUCCUUCGGCAGCAAGUAAUUCUGAUCUGUUUUUGAGCUUUGGAAAAGCACCUGGACAUCUUGGAGUACUGGGAUGGCAAUUUGACAUUACAAAAGCUUUGGUACCCUCUACAUUAGAUUUAUUUCAGCUAGCGGCACAACAAAAUGGUCAAGAUAUUACUAAUUAUUUUCAGAGAGACAGCUCCAGCAUAUCUAGUUGUAGGGUCAGUUCAAUACAGAAAUACGCAGCUGUUACACAACCUUUAUGUAGCAACGAUACACAAUGUCCCCUGGGCCGACUUUCGCGAACAACCCUGGACUCGUUAAAUUUGAUAAAUACCACCAAACAAGUAGGUUUUGAUUGGAAUCAGCUUGACAAUCUGACAAAUUAUAUGGUUGUCGACGGUGUUGUGCUUAAUCUGGGUCCGUAUAUGAAUGAUCAUCCGAGUCCUGUUGCGGGUGACGUUGUCGAUAAGAUCAUUCGCCGUGUAUUAUCCAAAACUUAUGCAAACGACGGAAAGGAUGCCACUCGUCUAUUUUCCGGGAGCGAUGAUAGGAUAGCUGCUAUGAAGUGUCUUACACAGAAAUAUUACGCGGGUCACAUUGAUAAACAGACAAUUGGUUGUUUUACUUCCGACCUAUUUAAUUACAUUAUGUUGGUGGUUAUAUUGGGCAUCAUAUUGGUCCGCUUCUUGAUGGCUUGUCUCUUCAGUUGGUUUAUCUCUCAUCGUCUUUCCCAUACUCCUAAAAAAGUCAAGAAGGAAUCACAAUAUCCUCAAAUGGUUGUUGGUUCUCGUAAGAGUCGCUACGCACCUUGGGUUCAUCGUAAUGACUCGGGGACCGUGGUGAACAAGAUUAACUUUGAUCAAAUUGGUAAUGAUUUAUAUACCGUUUUGCUUGUGACCUGUUAUUCCGAGGGUGAAGAAGGUUUACGAACCACUUGUGAAUCUAUGGCCGCAACCGAUUAUCCGGAUGAUCGUAAACUGUUGUUUUUGAUAUGCGACGGCAUUAUAACUGGUAGCGGUAAUGAAAAAAGCACACCGGACAUUUGCAUCGAUCUCAUAGAAAUUGAUGAUAAAUUUAAAGAUCCCAAUCCCCAAAGCUACAUCGCUGUUGCUCCAGGAAUCAAACAACAUAACAGAGCCAAAGUUUAUGCAGGACAUUUCUGUCAUGAAGGUCACCGCGUGCCAACAAUAAUCGUCGUCAAAUGUGGAAACCCCAGUGAAGAAGACAAACCGAAACCAGGAAACAGAGGAAAACGAGACUCGCAAUUGAUCCUCAUGAAUUUCUUUUACCGCGUUACGUACAACGAUCGUAUGACUCAACUAGAUUAUGAUUUGUUCCAGAAAACCCAUCAUUUGAUGGGUGUCACACCGGAUUACUUUGAACUUGUGUUGAUGGUGGAUGCAGAUACCAAAGUUUAUCCCGACUCACUCAGACUUUUGGUAAAUUGCAUGUGUAAUGAUCAGCUGAUUAUGGGUUUGUGUGGUGAAACAAAGAUUGCAAACAAACGGGACUCUUGGGUAACGGCCAUUCAAGUUUUCGAAUAUUACAUCUCUCAUCAUUUGGGUAAAGGAUUUGAAUCGGUGUUUGGAGGUGUUACGUGUUUACCCGGAUGUUUUUGUAUGUACCGACUGAAGGCCCGUAAGGGAGAUGACGAUUGGGUGCCAAUAAUCACAAAACCAGAGAUAGUUCAGGAAUAUUCUCAGAAUAUAGUCAAUACGUUGCAUCAGAAAAAUUUAUUGCUUCUCGGUGAAGAUCGUUUCCUGACCACUCUCAUGCUCCGUAACUUCCCAUACCGAAAGAUGACUUUCUGUCCACAAGCAGUAUGCAAAACAAUCGUUCCCGAUGAGUUCCGAGUGUUACUUUCUCAACGUCGUCGAUGGAUUAAUUCAACGAUUCACAAUUUAAUGGAGUUGGUUCUUGUUCGAAAUCUGUGCGGGAUCUUUUGUAUUUCCAUGCAGUUUGUCAUUUUCAUGGAAUUACAGGGUACCGUUGUUUUACCGGUUGCUAUAGUUUUGACCUUCUGGUUGAUUAUUUCGUCCAUCCUAAAACCACCCCACGGGUUCUCAGAGGCUAUCCCACUACUUAUGUUGGCUGCAGUACUUGGUUUACCAGCUGUGUUGAUCUUGCUGACCACGCGUAAAUUAGUAUAUAUUACGUGGAUGAUGAUUUAUUUAUUGGCCUUACCUGUCUGGAAUUUUAUUUUACCAACUUAUGCGUAUUGGCAUUUUGACGAUUUCACGUGGGGAGAGACCAGAAAAGUUGAAGGUGAAACCAAAGGAGAUGAUCAUGGAAAGAAAGAAGGAUCAUUUGAUCCUUCCAAGGUUCCACUCAAACGAUGGGAGGAUUGGGAACGGAAUAGGCUGCGUAGACUGAAACGAAACGAACGACAGCGUCAACAACAAGCAACCGGGGCUGUUCACCCGUCUUACAUAGAAUAUGAUGACGACGUGGGACUACUAGCUGGUUCACAGUAUGACGACACAUAUCUCACCGAAACCUCAUCAGUCGCCUCGGACAGUGGUCAACAACAACUUUAUGAUUUUAGUAGAUCCACCGAUCCAUCAGGACGAUUUGAAGAUGUUCGAUUUACUGGUAACACAGGUGGCGAUUCUACGAGUAAUUUGAGAGGCGAAGAAGGAGAUCAAGGAGAACAUCAGGAGAGAAUUCAAGGUCGAGACAUUUAA